ACACCCUUUUGUCUUUGGAGAUGGAAUCAAACUCCCAAUUCCUCACUAAUCAACAAAUUGAAAAAAGAAUUGAAGCAGCAGCAAAAUUCAUUCACCAGCAAAACGAAGUUCGAGCUCCAAUUAUUGAAAAAAUAGCAGAAAAGAAGUCAGAUAAAUAUUUUGUACUUAAAAGAUUGAAGCAGCUAUUGCCAGAUGAAUAUAUAAUAUGGCCACAGAGGAAAAAGUAUGGCUAUAAAACACAAUAUAUUUGGGAUACAAAAAUCACUUCUGAUGAACAAGUAGAAAAGGAGCUUGAUGAACCUUUAUCUAUUAAGACUUUGUAUUACAAAACACAACAUGGGAGUAAAAAUUUGGCUGAUGAAAAGAGGAUUUUUAGGGAAAUGAGAAGAGCAGAGGAAAUUGUAUGUCCUAAAGACACAAAAAUGAAUCAAAAUCAGGUGACAUUUGCUGAAAUACAGAAUAUGAGAAGUGAAAAGAGAAUUUUCAAUCUGAAUGUGAAGAGUCUCAAGAGAAAAUUGGAAUCUAUUAAAAAUGACAUUAAAUCUUUGCAAAAUAGUUUAGAUGCCAUAAAUCGAAAGAAAGGGAAAAUAUAUGCUGCCAUUCUUCAGCUUAAAAGCCAAAACUACACUUCUUAAUUAACAAAAUAUUUUUAUGCUAUGUAGUUCAUUUUUAUCUGUGUGUCAUUUUCUUCUGAUGAAUAUUUGGUUAUUGUAAUGUUCGAUAUUGUUAUUUAAAAUAUUUUGUGCCCUUCAAUUGUACCUUAUAAUAAAAUUAAAAUUUUUAUUCACGCGAAA